AUGAGAACUGUUGUUGGAAGCCGACGCCCUCAGAUUGAAACAGUCCUAGAAAAUGAAGAAAUUGUCAGAGGAGAAAGUGUUCCUGUACUUGCGGCUGAGAAAAUUUAUGUCGCCGUUGGAAAGGAUUUGCAUGAGAGCGCCUCUGCACUCAAAUGGGCGCUCAAAAACUUACAAGCAGCGCCAAUAGUCCUCCUUCAUGUUUAUGUUCCACCUCCCUUUAUACCUUCCGGAACGGGGAAUAUGCCUGUAAAUCAAGUAUGGAGAGAAGUGAAGGAGGCCUACGAGAAGAAUGAAAAGAGGGACACUGACAAUUGCAUGAACAAAUAUUUACAGGUGAAAGCAGAUACUUUGAUUGUUUCCAAACUUGAUGUUUCCAAAGGAAUAGUUGAAGAAGUUUGGAAGAGAGGUAUCACGAAACUUGUCAUGGGAAAAACUUCCACACGAGGUGGCCUGUCUAAGAGGCUGAAGAUUCAAGGGCCAGGGAAAGCGGAUUAUAUCCGAAAGCACGCGAUCAACUCCUGCGACGUGUUGAUCGUAUGUAAAGAUAAGCUUGUGUCAGAGGGGAAAGGUUGUGCUGUGGAAAACGAGGAUUUUAGCCGAUCUUUCUCAUUGGAGCCAAACCUCCAACGAUGCUUGAGCCGCUCCAGUGAAACUUCCCCUAAUUUUCCACUGGCUGGAGAUUCUCCGGCAGCUUCGUCAGAGGAUGUGAAUGAUGUCCAGUCUGAGUCUCAAUUAUCUCCAGAGGAGAGUACAGAAAUCGAAAUCCUCAAAUUUCAGUUAAUGGAGGCGUUAGAGGUGGCAGAGAAUGCAAAAAGAGAAUUGGAAAGGGAGACCAUACAACGGAUGAAAGCACAGGCGGCUGCCAUGAAAACAAAUCGCAAGCUUAAAGAUUAUGAAGGCGCCCUGGAAGAAGCUAUGGAAGAGAAGGAAAGCGCGAUAUUAGAAUCAAAACUUAAAGAAGACAAGUGGAGAUCACUGGUUAACCAGUUUUCAAAUGAACGGGACGAAGCUUUCCAUGAAAUCGAAGUAGCACGGGAGAAGUUCGCAGCGAUGGAGAAGCAAAACCACCGCCUUUUGCAAGAAAAGGAGGCUCAAAUUAAGCAACUUCAAGACUCCUUGCGUUCUCGGCCUGCUUUAAAUCUCGGAGUCGGUGGCUACGGCAACCUUUUCAGAGGCAAAAUAGGACAAACAAGGGUUGCAGUCAAAACCCUCAGGAAGGACAGUUUACAGUGCUGGCAGGAGUUCCAACGCGAGGUCAAUAUUUUAAGAGGCAUUCAACAUCCGAAUUUGGUGACUAUUUUAGGAAACUGCUUCGAGUGA